AUGACUCUAAGAGAGUAUUCGGCGAAUACUGUUCUACUAACCCAAGACGAGCUUCCUCCAGGGAUUUUUAUAAUUUAUUCAGGCUCAAUAAAGAUUUUCAGAUCAAUGUCUUUUAGGGAGUCUGCUACAAACUGCACAGAGUCAAUGAUAAAAAACCCGAUAGAAGGAGAUAGGACUGAACAAAAAGAAAUUACCAUUGCAGAGUUAGGGCAAGGAGAAAGUAUAGGGGAUUAUGAUAGUUUUAACGAAAGCAGGGCAAAAUUUUUUGCAGUCACCAGCAUGCCAAGCUUGGUAUUUGUAAUAAGUAAAGCGGAUAUAACACGUGACAUUUUGUAUGAUAUGAAUGUAAAAGCACUAGAAACCCCUGAUGACCAACAGCUCAGAGAGACCUAUUUCCAAAAGCAAAAAUGGAAUAUUUAUAAGAGCAAGCUUAUAAAAACAGUCAAAACUGAGAUGACGCUCUCCAAAAGGUAAAUUUUAGGUUAGUAAAUGGAAAACCUCGCUAAGGUCAGUCACCCCUCAGCCAGUCGAGAGACUUAAUUUAGACCAGAUCCACCUGCCCCCUAUCCGGCUUUCAAGCAAAUCCCAAAGCAAAACUCCAGUGAAGCAGAAAAUAAAAUACCCACUUACAGAUAGAUAA